UAUAACAAAUAAUUUGAGCAAGAUGGCACUUGGUGUUUCCAGACAGUUGGCAGCACGCCUCAAUCUGCUACUCAGCAGGGCAGCCAGUAGUGUUGCCAGUGUACCGUAUAUCCCUGAAACUGUAGUAACUCCUGAGGAUGGGAGACCUAUCUACCUGGACAUUCAGGCAACAACACCAGUAGACCCACGUGUAUUAGACGCAAUGUUGCCCUACCAGAUGGGUGCGUACGGUAACCCUCACUCGCGUACUCACGCGUACGGCUGGGAGAGUGAGGAGGGUGUGGAGAUAGCACGCGAGCAAGUCGCUCAACUCAUCGGAGCUAACCCAAAAGAGAUAAUAUUUACUUCUGGAGCUACGGAAAGUAACAACAUUGCAGUAAAAGGAGUUGCUAAGUUCUACCGUAAGAGGAAACAGCACGUGAUUACUGCAGCAACUGAACACAAAUGUGUGUUGGACAGUUGUAGAUACUUGGAAAAAGAGGGAUUUGAGGUGACGUAUCUACCAGUCCAAAAGAACGGAGUUAUUGACAUGGACCUAUUCAAAGCCAGCAUCAGACCUAACACUGGUUUAGUAUCGUUUAUGUACGUUAACAAUGAGAUCGGAGUAACUCAGCCAGUCAAAGAGAUUGGUGAGAUUUGCAGACAAAACAAAAUCUUCUUCCACACUGACGCAGCGCAGGCUGUUGGCAAGAUUCCAGUGGACGUGAAUGAGAAUAAUAUCGACCUUAUGUCAAUAAGUGGACACAAGAUAUACGGUCCUAAAGGAGUGGGUGCUCUCUACGUUAGGAGACGACCUAGAGUGCGACUAGAACCUCUGCAAAGUGGAGGUGGUCAGGAGAGAGGAAUGAGAAGUGGUACAGUUCCCACUCAUCUCUGCGUGGGACUCGGGGCAGCCUGCUCACUUGCUCAACAAGAGAUCAGUUACGACCACGAUUACGUGAAGAUGCUGAGUGACAGGUUUGUGGAGAAAGUGACCUCGGAACUAACACAUGUGGAGCGGAAUGGAGACCCAGAGAGAGGGUACCCUGGCUGUGUCAACCUCUCAUUUGCUUACGUCGAGGGAGAGAGUUUACUAAUGGCUCUCAAAGAUAUCGCUCUCUCCUCAGGUUCAGCUUGUACUUCUGCUUCUCUGGAACCGAGUUAUGUGCUGAGAGCGCUGGGGGCAGAUGAUGACAUGGCUCACUCCUCAAUCAGGUUCGGGUUUGGACGUUACUCGACAGUAGAGGAGGUAGAUUACACAGCUGAGAGGUGUAUUAAACACGUGACUAGGCUUCGGGAAAUGUCGCCGCUAUGGGAGAUGGUUCAGGAAGGGAUCGACAUCAAGACGAUUCAGUGGUCUCAGCACUAAACUCCACCAAGCUGAGAUUUACAAUCAGCUGUUAUUCUCCAACAAUCUCAGUUUACAAAUGAGAAGAUGAAGAUUUCAGUUGGGUGGUGUCCCUCAAGAAGCCACCGAACACAAUUCAAAGUGACCCUUGAUUAUGUGUCUCCAUAACUACAAGUUGUCUCCAUGGCAAUUGGCAACUUGUCUCCUAACAGUAUUUCGUUUAACGUGUGAAGAACCUUAUUUAUUGACCCUCAGACUUGAACAAUUAAGGUGUUUGGGUGUUUUUGAAAAUAGCCUGGUUCACUGUUGGAUAAACAUCGUUGCACUUCAAUGACGAUAUCUUUAAGGUUAUUUAUUCAUUGUUGGGUGUUGAGAUUUUUAAUCUUUAAAUGUUGUUUUUGCCAUGGAUUGCGAAGAUGAAUAACAAAUAUCGCCACAAAAUCCGCCAAAAAAAUGGUUGCAAAAAUGACGACGACCCUUAUAAUAAUGACCCUUAUUAAUAAAGUUAGUUUUUAGAAUACCUACCAUGUAGAAGAGUUUUAAUUGAUAAAACCUGAAAGUUCGAAAUGUUUUUAAACAAUUUUUUUAUAGAGAAAUAUAUGCAUACAUCUAUCGUAUGAUUUGUUUAAUUUCAUUUGUUAUUUAAUCGUACGAAAGAAUUGGUACUGGAAAAUUUC